CGUUCAUUUCAGCAGUAUAAAACAGAGCACACUGAAAGAGGGAGGAUGUGUGUGUUUGUCUAAAGGGUAAGUAGGAAAACUUGAACAUGGUGCAGCUGUCUAAAGCUGGGAUGAGGAACACUUUGAAGGCUGGUCAUCCUCCUGCAGUAAAAGCAGGAGGAAAACGAGUUGUUAAGAAAAACAAUGAGGAUAAUGGAACCCCAGAGAAGGAAAGCAAGAGGGCGGAUAAACCCAGGUCUUUGACCACUUUCUCCCGGAUGCAGCAAAUGGGUAUUUUAAUGGCAGGCCCCCUAGAGAAGUUGGGCCAUGAUUUCCCUGAGACUCCAGUUUCAGUACGGCAUGGGAAGGUCAGACCCAGUGUAGAGAAACUGCACAUGCAGCGCUGCUUCUUCAUCCAGCAGCCCCGCAAGUGUUGAGCCAAAACAGCUAACGGCUGAAGAACCAGGAUGUGUGUUAGAUAUGUGUGCAAAAAGUGAACAGGAAGUGUGUGCUUGAGCUGAAUGGUGCAUAUCAAGGACCUGACACAAAUUUCAUAUUUGAAAUCCUUGACUCCUUGCUUGAUAACUUCUAAGCUUCCACAGGGCUUUUCUAUUCUCACAGCUUUGCAGGACUCCUCUGUGUAAAUUCUUUUUGUUUAAUACAUGUAAGCUGUUUUAUACUAGCAUAAAACACAGCUGGCAGUCUGAUUACCUUGCAGAAAAGAAUGCAUGAGCUCAUGUUUACUGCUUGAAUAAAUAUGUAUUGCAUUACUGAAAA